UGAAAAACUGGCAGGUGCGUCUCUGAGUCCAUCAGACGAGACAAACCCUGAUCCCGUAGGAGCGCGGGGGGACAGUUCUCUUCACAUCGUAGAAACAUAAAGGAUUAAUUAUUUCAGCCUUCAUGGAAAACUGUUGAAUUUUUUUUUUUUCUUUUUUUUUUGAGAUCCACAGAGACAGGUUGUCUGAGCCUCCAGAGACCCCUUCGCCACAAUGAGUUGGGGGGCGCUGUAUGCCCAGCUGGGCGGUGUCAACAAACACUCCACCAGUCUGGGAAAGAUCUGGCUUUCUGUCCUUUUCAUCUUCCGCAUUACAAUCCUGGUUCUGGCUGCUGAGAGCGUCUGGGGGGAUGAGCAGUCAGACUUCACGUGCAACACGCAGCAGCCUGGUUGCAAAAACGUCUGCUAUGAUCACUUCUUCCCCGUGUCGCACAUCCGCUUGUGGUGCCUGCAGCUGAUAUUUGUAUCCACACCAGCUCUACUGGUAGCCAUGCACGUUGCCUAUAGGAAACGUGGGGAUAAGAGGACCAUGCUGGCCUCCAACGGCACUGAGAAGAUGACGGAUACUGAACUGCAGACACUGAAGAGGAGGCGUCUGCCAAUCACAGGCCCACUGUGGUGGACCUACACUUGCAGCUUGUUCUUCAGGCUCAUCUUUGAGGGUGGGUUCAUGUACGCACUGUACUUUGUCUACGAUGGCUUCCAGAUGCCCCGGCUGGUGAAGUGCGAGCAGUGGCCUUGCCCCAACAAGGUUGACUGCUUCAUCUCCAGGCCAACAGAGAAGACCGUCUUCACCAUCUUUAUGGUGGCCUCAUCGGCCAUCUGCAUGGUGCUGAACGUGGCCGAGCUGUGCUACCUCAUCAUCAAGGCGCUCAUGAGGUGCUCUUCCAAGUCAAACAACAGGAAACACCAUUACAGCCUCACAGACAGCGUGACACGUGAUAAUUCCCAUGUGCAGAAUAAGAAGAACGAGAUGCUGCUGUCUUCCUCCACAGAUUCGUCCAGCAACAAGACAAAUUGAGGGGCAGCCAGGCAUUAGUGGUGGAGCAAGAUCAAAGAGGAGAAAACCAAAAACUGUAAAUCCAACUCCCCUUUGGUCAUUUGUAGGGAAGUCGCUGUAUUGAUAUGCAUAUUUGAUCUGUAUUCCUACAUGUGGCCUCACAAUUUGCCGCUGGAGGCAGUCAAAUGUUCAUCACUAAUUCAAGGUUAUACAUAAUGGCAAAAAAAAGAAAAAAAAAAAGCCGCCAGGUAGCAGAGAUUUUACAUAAGUGUCCUUAUAUCUGUGGAUUUUCCACAUUAUCAUCUUUAUCUUUCAUACAGCGGAUGGUCGAUAAUGUUGGAUGAUGGAGGCUUUAAUUAAUUGCUCAGAGUUUGAAGUUGAAGUUUGAAUGUGCUCCACAGUGCAAAAGCGACUGGGUCAGGUUUUGGUCGAGAGAAGAAUGAGUAUACACUGACAUCUGGUGGUGACAGUGGAAAUCCUGAGAGCACAAACACCGUCCUCAAAGCCUGAAGGAGCUGCUUAGUGUUGAAGAACAAAGAGAGAGAACAAAGAAAAUAAUGAAAAGUGAAGCAGAAAAAAAAAAGGUCCAAGUGCCUUUUUGAUUACAUUUAGUGUGUAGUUUACAAGAGCUGACAUUUUAUUUUAAAUGUUAAAUACAUGUUUUACAGCAACUGAUAAAAGCCGGUGAGUUUUUAUGAUUCUGCUGUGUUGAAUCAAGUGACUGUAGCACAAAGUUAUGUUAGAAAAUGUUAAAUAAUUUAACGUAAAUAAUGCUAGUUUUGUGUGUAUGUGUGUGUGUGUGUGUGUGUUUAGAAUUACUGAUGAGUGUUUUGCACAGGAUAAGAUUAUACUGAUAAAAGAAUUUAUAUAACUUGGUGAAAUCUUAUCUAAGACAUUGCAGCGGUUUGACAGAUCCGAUGCUCUUUGCUGUUUUAGUCAAAUCAGAAUGUCUUUUGUCUUUUACUUGAACUGAAAGUGUUCCUUUACACAAGUUAGAGAAAUAAACACAAUGAGAAUGUGUUGCACAUCUUCACACGUGCACGCCAGGUGAUACAAAUCAAAUAUGCACAAGACUGUACAAGAUGUUUUCAGUCUUCAGUGGGAAACCGCAGACAGAUCAUAUUUCAUAAACGUGAAAUAAUUGCUAAAAAAAAAGACAAAAACAAACGUCACAUGACACAGAAAUAGUAAUUCAG